AUGUUCGCCAGCCUAACCACCAAGCUGGCCAUGAAGAAGCUCGGCAUCCCCAACGACCCCUUCAACCUGUCCUCCCCAGACACCUCCUCCAAGAAACUCACAAAGAAGCAGCCGGCCGCCGGCUCCGUGCCGGGCCUCGACGAGGUCGACGGCGCGGGAGGCAAGGCCUGGCCGCCCGCGUGGAUGACGGUCAAGAACCUGCCGCUGACGGCGCAGGCGUGGCUCACGCCGCCGCCGCCGCCCAUCCCCGUCGCCGAGUGCCCGCGCGUCGGCGACCUGGCCCCCAUCGACCGCGACCGGAAGCUCGCCUUUGGCGGCGGGCGCAAGGUCCUCGUCGUGUUCCUGCGCUGCGUCGGCUGUGCCUUACCAAACCUCCUUUUUUCCGAAACUAACAUCCACGGGGGAAAAAAAGUCGCCCAGAAGCAGUUCCUCGCCCUCCGCACCAUCGCCAACCGCCACGCCAACGAGCUGACCUGCAUCGCCGUCAGCCACUCCUCCGAGGCCGCCACGACCAAGUGGCUCGACCUCCUCGGCGGCGCCUGGAACGUGCAGGUCGUCGUCGACGAGGACCGCGCCGUCUACGCGGCCUGGGGGCUCGGGCUGGGCUCCGUCUGGUACGUGCUCAACCCGGCGACGCAGGUGCAGUCGUGGAAGGAGAAGGGCUGGCUGGGCGCCUCGGUCGCCACCUCUAUACAAAAGACGGCCGCGCGGGAGGCGUCUCUCGGCUUGCAGCCGCAGCAGAAGCCGACGCCGGCGGCGGGAGAAGGCGACACGGUAGAAGGGCCCGGCACGGUCAUGGGGAACAAGUGGCAGGAGUCCGGUGCGUGGGCGGUCGACGGCCGGGGCUCGAUCGUCUGGGGCAAUAAAGCGGCCAAGGCGGACGACGUGAUGGACCUGCAGGCGGGUGUGGCAGCUUUGGGCAUUAGGUGA